GGUUCCCUUGGCUACGACACCGGAAGCCGGAAGCGGGGGGUUAAACAGCGGGGAAGGGAAGGGCGACUGCCGAACCCGGACCUUCUUAGAACGCCGGGGUCCUCAGAGCUCUCGGAGCCUUCUGCUCCUGUCCUGCUCACUCUAACCAACUCUGCUGACAGAGCGUGCCUUGGAUGAGCAGGCAGCCCUGGAAGAACCAGCUGUGUGAGAUGGUGCAGCCCAGCGGCGGCCCGGCCGGGGACCAGGACGUGCUGCCUGAAGAGUCUUCUCUGGGGAAGCCGGCCAUGCUGCAUCUGCCCGCAGAGCAGGGUGCUCCUGACGCUCUCCAGCGCUGUCUGGAGGAGAACCAAGAGCUCCGAGAUGCCAUCCGGCAGAGCAACCAGAUGCUGCGGGAGCGCUGUGAGGAGCUGCUGCGUUUCCAGGUCAGCCAGAGGGAGGAGAAGGAGUUCCUCCUGUGCAAGUUCCAGGAGGCCAGGAAACUGGUGGAGAGACUGAACCUGGAGAAGCUCGACCUGAAGAGGCAGAGAGAGCAGGCCCUGCAGGAGGUGGAGCACCUGAAGAGAUGCCAGCAGCAGAUGGCCGAGGACAAGGCCUCUGUGAAAGCUCAGGUGACAUCCUUGCUUGGGGAGCUCCAGGAGAGCCAGAGUCGCUUGGAGGCUGCCACUAAGGAGCGAGAGGCUUUGGAGGGCAGGGCCCGGGCAGCCAGUGAGCAGGCCAGGCAGCUGGAGAGUGAGCGGGAGGCGCUGCAGCAGCAGCACAGCGUGCAGGUGGACCAGCUGCGCAUGCAGAGCCAGAGCGUGGAGGCCGCCCUGCGCAUGGAGCGCCAGGCUGCCUCAGAGGAAAAGCGGAAGCUGGCCCAGUUGCAGGUGGCAUAUCACCAGCUCUUCCAGGACUAUGACAACCACAUCAAGAACAGCAUGGUGAGCGGUGAGCGGAAGCGGGGGAUGCAGCUGGAGGAUCUGAAGCAGCAGCUCCGGCAGGCCGAGGAGGCCCUGGUGGCCAAGCAAGAAGUGAUUGACAAGUUGAAGGAGGAGGCCGAGCAGCACAAGAUGGUGAUGGAGACCGUGCCAGUCCUGAAGGCCCAGGCGGAUAUCUACAAGGCAGACUUCCAGGCUGAGAGGCAGGCCCGGGAGAAGCUGGCUGAAAAGAAGGAGCUGCUGCAGGAGCAGCUGGAGCAGCUGCAGAGGGAGUACAGCAAGCUGAAGGCCAGCUGUCAGGAGUCAGCCAGGAUUGAGGAUCUGAGGAAGCGGCAUGUAGAGGUCUCCCAGCCCCCUCUGCCCCCUGCCCCAGCCCACCACUCCUUCUAUCUGACACUGAGCAACCAGAGGAGAAGCCCCCCAGAGGAGCCGCCUGACUUCUGUUGUCCUAAGUGCCAAUAUCAGGCUCCCGAUAUGGACACCCUGCAGAUACAUGUCAUGGAGUGCAUCGAGUAGGGCCAGCGCACUCAAAGGCCGCUGCAGACGCCACGCCCAGGACUGUACCUUGCCCAGAGCUAAGGACUCGUGAGAAAGAGUGGCUGCUGCGUCAGUCCCCUGGAGCGGGCCGAGGGCCUGCACUCCAGCCCUUGGGUCUGCCGGGUCACAUCUCACGUGGUGCCUGGAGCCGCCGUUAGGCCUGAUGCUCUACUCUUUUUGUACCCAUCCCUCCGCUUGAACCACUUGCCUCUGGGGCUGAUCUUUCCUCCUCUUCCCUCUCCUCCUCCCCAGUCUCCCACCCCCACUCCCUGCCCAAGUCAAGAGUGGAGGCUGGGGCCCUCAGGGAGAUCUUCCUGCCAGCACUGACUCAGCCUCUCCUCUUGGGCUGUGUGGUGUCCACCGUGUGACCAGGCCACAUUGUAUUUAACAGUGUUGGUGCUGCUUGCAGUCUUUUGUUGUCAGAAAACAUCCUUGUGCAUUAUUCACGUGUCUUGGCAGCAGCACUGCAACCCCCGCCUCCCUGGAGCUUGGUUUUCUGCUCCCAUGGUUUGUCUGUACCCGUGCCAAGGAGCAGGAGGGUGAACCUGUUGUGUUUUGCUAUCAGCUAAUGGCGUUAAGUGUCUUCAGAGUUGAAGGCCCUUUUCAGUUCCUCUGUUGGGAAUGGGCUGUUCGUACCUUUUAUACAUUUUCCUAUUCAGUCAUUAAGUUUUGUUCCUUGGUUUCUAGAAGGUGGUUGGUCAUUAGCACGGUUAGCUUUUGUCUGUGAUAGCAAUUGCAAGUAUCUUUUCCCACAUUGACUUUGCUGCUAGUGAUUUUUGACGUUGAAUUUGUUUACCUUUACGUCGUCACAUUGAUCCGUUUGUUCUCACUGCUUUGGGCUUGGAGUUGCUGUGACCAUGCGUGCUUUGACAGAGGCUGCUUCACACGUGUCUACUUGGCUUUUUCUAACACAGAAAUCUGUUCUUGUGCGUGCAAAGAGCCUUACUGACCACACUGAGUACUCCCUCUCUCUGAAUGUAUUUCCAUGAUGUGUUGAAAACAUGCUAAUGUUCAUAAGAUUUUUUUUUACUUAUGCUGAAUCUAUCUAGAAUCAGAUGAAUUGUCUGUCUUACAAGGAGUAGGGUACCACUUGGGUUGGUGUGUGAGGUACACAGGGAGUAUAUGUCUUUUGAAUUGUUUUAUUCUUGUAAUCUAACUCAAAGAAAUGCUAACUAGGAGGGUGCUGAGGCCACUCUAUAAUUUUAUGUGUGUGUUUAUGUAGAAUUCUAUUGUCAAAAGAAAGCUAAUGAAUAAAUUAAGCAAGUAUGUCAUUCUACAAUUUACACUUCUGAAGUUCCCAUGAAUAGUAUAUAGAUUGUGUUAAUCCCCACCUACUACACUUUAAGUCGGACUUUGUCUAUCAGUUCUGUUGAUGUCAUUUGCUAGACAUGCUUUAUUUGAUUAUGUUUCCUAUACAAAUGCAUAACGGGAUAGCCUAUUAAAUAAAUCUAAUGUUUUUUUUUUAAAGAAUGAGUUUUCCUGACCAGCACGAGUGCUUACAGCCAUGAGUGUUAGCUCUGUAAAUCUAGUAAAGGAAGACAGGUUGGAAGUGAGAAAGAGUGUGACGUGUUCGCACUGCUGACUCCUCAGUGCCUGGAUCCUCUUCCCACCUCCGCCAAGCUCCUUGAGCUGGGAUUGGGGUGUUGUGAAUCUACCCCUGAUCUUUUGCACAGGCUUUCCUGUUGCUUGACAGUGAUGUGGCUGACUGCAAUUAGCUUAAAGGCUUUCUGAAACAAAGCCUGGGCUGGGGGCUUUCUCAGCGCCUGCCCUGGAGGAAUGGCCCCAAUGUACUUGGGGAAGUGUUAAAGGCAGACAGGUUCUCUGUGGGCACUAUGGUUUUGUUAUAAGGGCACUUUUAAAAAAAAUUUAUUUGAAAGGCAAAGUCAUACGGAGAGAGAGAGAGAGAGAGAGAGAGAGAUCGAGAUCGAGAUCGAGAUCGAGAUCGAGAUCGAGAUCUUUCAAUCUUUCAAUCUUUCAUCUGCUGGUUCACUCCCCAAAUGGCCACAGUGGCCAGGGCUGUGUUUGGCUGAAGUCAGAAGCCUGGAACUUCAUCCUGCUCUCCCGUGUGGGUGGCAGGGAGUACUUGGGCCAUCUGCUGCUGCUUUCUCAGGUGCAUUAGUAGGGAGCUGGAUCAGAAGUGGAGCAGCUGAGACUCAAAGUUGUGCCUAUAUGGGAUCCUGGCAUUGCAGGCAGUGGCUUAACCCUCUGUACAACACCAGUCCCUACAACAUCACUUGUAGGGGAGUGUAUGAGUGUGUGUGUGUGUGUGGGCUUCCUGUGGCUGCUGUAAAAAUCAGCGCAAACUUGGUGACUUCAUACAAGAAAACCCCUUUCUUCUAUGGGUUUGGAAGCUAGAAAUUGGACGUCUAGUCAUCAGUGGUAUUUGCUUCUGCAGGCUCUGAGAGAUUCAAUCUGGGCCUGCCUUCCUAGCGUCUGGUGGUUGCUGGCACUCACUGGUGUUCUCAGCUUGUUGACCCCUCUUGCAGGUCUCUGCCUCUCUGACCACAUGGCCUUCUCUACUACUUUUAUCUGUGUAUUCUCUUCUGUUAUUGGAUGUAGGGCCCACCUAGGCAGUCAGGAUCCUUACCUUCAUCGCAUGUGCCAUGACCCUUUACACAAAUAAGGUCAUGUUCACAGCUUCAGGGUUUGGAUGUGUGUGUGUUUCUGGGGCCCUUGCUCACCGUAGAAUGGGGUAUUACGUUCCAGGGCCCACAUGUUAUGGCAAGUGCAGACUGAAGGCACGUGCCUUCGAUUUUUUAAGUCCGGCAGUUCUGCCAGAGGGACUCUGCUUAGGUUGCUGAUGGCCACCAGGCUGCAGAGUUUUGUAUGGGUUCAGCCUUUGCAGGUGUGGGGCCAUCUAGUCUCCAUCUGGGCCAGCUGGCUGCUGUUUCUACUGUGCUUCAAGCCCUUCAGUGGCUUUCUGUCAUUCUUGAAACCGAAGGCCCACGCAAGCCUGGCUCACAGAACCUUUGGGCUGCUGAGCCCUGUUUCCUGUCCUUCUGCCAGCCUGCUGGGCCAGCCACGUGACACUGGACUUUCCCUCCAACAUGUACCACUUGUCUUAAGUCUUUGUCCUGAUUGUCCCCUCUGCCUGGAAGGUUCUUUCCACGAAUCUUUGUGUGGCUGAUUUCUUUCUGUCACCCCAGUCUAAGUUUAAACAGCACUUCCUUCAUCUAAACGUAGUGUUUGUCUUCAAUCCCGUUGCCCCGUUCUAAUUCCUUGCCUGGCAGUUGAAAUGACCAUUCUGUUUUGUUUUGUUUUCUCUUUCUCCACUAGAGGGAGAGCAGAGGCCUAUUUGUCCUGGUCAGGCAGAAUCCCUGGGACAAUGAAUGCUCAGCACAGAGUGGCACAGGCUUAUCUUGAAGCUCCAUCAGGAUUUCUGUCACUCUUUUUUUUUUUAAAUUAUUUAUUUAUUUGAAGGUCAAAGUUUAGAGAGAGAGAGAGAGAUCGGUCUUCCAUCCACUGCUUCUCUCAAUUGGCCACAACAGCCGGAGCUGAGCCAAUCUGAAGCCAGGAGAGAGAGAGAGAGAGAGAGAGAGAGAGAGAAAGAAAAAGAUAGAGAUAGAGAGAGGUCUUCCAUCCACUGCUUCUCUCAGUUGGCCACAACAGCCGGAGCUGAGCCGAUCUGAAGCCAGGAGCCAGGAGCUUCUUCGAGGUCUCCCAUGUGGGUGCAGGGACCCAAGGACUUGGGCCAUCGUCUACUGCUUUCCCAGGCCAUAGCAGAGAGCCGGAUCAGAAGUGGAGCAGCCGGGACAUGAACUGCGCCCAUAUGGAGUGCUGGCACCUGCAGGCAGUGGCUUUACCCGCUAUACCACAGUGCUGGCCCCUCUGUCACUCUUAUUUUCGCAGACAUCAUCUUGUCACCAUAAAUCAUGCUCGGUAGAAACCACUGUAUGUAUUAGAGAUGAUAACAUGGAAGCCUUUUUCUAGGGACUGUAGGGUGACCAACUUGGGAAGACGUCUUAGAAGCUUUUUGUCUUUAAUUUUUUCAGAAUUUGUGUGGGUAUAUCAUGUUGGCUUAUAAAAUAUAGAUGACCACAGACAUGGCCACACAGAGCAGUCCUAAUGUACCCCUUAGUUAAUCUCUCUGAGCCUUAGUUUCCUUGUCUGUAAAAUGGGCAGAAUGCCAUCUAAAGUUCUUGAUGUGAUGAUGGAUCUCAAGCAAUUCAAGCAGUGCCUAGCCCCAGAGAGAAGGGGCAAUGGUAGAAAGCACUGGUUUAGACCAGGCACAAACCUCGAGUUCCCAGUGGGUUGUAAUUAUGUUGAGGGCUUCAGGUGUUGGCUAAGGAAAGCUGGUGGUUGCCUAGGGCUGGAGGAGCUGAGGGUACUAGGGAGCAAGUGCUGACGGGUGAUGAGAAAUUGGUCGUGGUGAUGGUUGAACGUGUCUGUGAACAUACAAGCCACUGACUCCUACUUCACAUGGGUGAAUUGUGCAGUGUGUGAAUUCAGUCUCCAUAAAGCUGUUAUUUUAAAAGAUGUUGUUUAACAGGCCCUGUGCAGCCUCCUGUAAUAGCUCAUGAAAGUGCAGAUGUAAACAUGAGAAAUGAGGAACAUUUACAUCCUCCCCCCAAGCUAUAUUUGACAGGUGACCUCGGAUGCUCCUGUACAGGGGAGAAUGGGUGACUGACCGUGUGGCAUGAAGCAGGCUGAGCCCACUCUGGACUUUCCACACAGCUCAGCAUUGAUAACAACCACAGAGAUCGGCAGCAGCCCCUCAGCUGUGCUGAGCUUGCUUUCUUUACAGUCUCCGCACCCCCUGAGGGGUGGACAGCCGCUGGUUCCUUGCAUCCCUGGAGGAACAGAAUGCAGUGGACCGGGGUGGGAGAUGCUGGUGAGUCAGGAAGCUGGGAGACAGGGAGAGCAGCUUUUGAGGAAUUCCAUUGAUUCCAUUGGUUCCUAGUGUUACAACCUGGAGCUGGGUUCUGACUUCUGUCUGGCAGAGCUAUAGUAGACAAAUGCUGCUUCCUGGGAAGUAAGGCCUCUGCCUGCAUCCAGGUGGCAGUGGCCAGCUUAAAGGUCUGUUUGUCCACCCUGGAAAGCAUGGCAGAACAAGCAGUAUCCAGUGAAGACUAAGUAAGCACAGUGACCCUAGGUAUCCAGAGUAGGGAAGCUUCCAUUAGAUAGAAAUUUCAGACACUGAGCCAUUACACAGAGAUGUCAGGACAACUGCCCUGAAAAAAAUUUGAAGAGAAAAGGCUCAAAAAGGCAAUAAGUUACAGAAAGGGACUUACAUCCAAGCAAUAAAACUGUUAGCAGAGGGGUGGGUGUUUGGCACACAGGUUAAGUUGACUGGGGACAACCGCAUCUCCUAUCAGUGAGUUGGAGUCACACCCCCACUUCUGAUUCCAGCUUCCUGCUGAUGCAUGUCCUGGGAGGCAGCAGGUGAAAGUUCAGGUACUUGAGUGCCUGCCACCUGUAUAGGUGACCUGGAUUGCGUUCUUGGCUCCUGGCUUUGUCCUGGCCCAGCCCUAGCUGUUGUGGGCAAUUGGAAAGUAAAGCAGUAGAUGGAAGAUAUUUUCUCUCUUCCUCCUUCCCUCUCUCUCUACCUUUUGAAUUAAAGAGAAAUAAUGAUACUUCCUGCUGGCUUCCUUGCUGGCCUGCCUUCCUACCUCCAUCCCUUGCCUGCCCUUCUUCCACUUUUUUCCCAAAAGCCCUUGGCAUUGGAGCCCUCUCAAGGAGGGGGACAUCUGGCAAAGGCAGUGGAAGGGAUUUGGGGAUCAGUGUGAAGAAUGUCCCUAUUGAGUACAGCAAUGUCAUGUGCAACAAAAUUGUUGAGAGAGUCAGAGACAUGUAUGAGGAAGGCAUACUCAGUGAGGGUGGCAGUGUCCUUGGGUGGGGUAAGGGUCCCUGGCAAGAAACAUGAAAAGUUGGGUAAUAGCCUGAUGGGCUUGAGACAUUGUCUUUGUGGUAAAUAUGGAAAUGAAAAUGAGACCCAUAUUUCUUGCUGUUGGGAAAAGGAGUUUAUGGAAAUGGAGAAGGCAAUUGGAAUUGGAGUUAUCGGUAUGAACUCAUGGUUUUCAAUAUACAGGCAGGUAGAGAAAACAACCCUAACAGGGCUGAGUGGACACAUUGGGUAUGGUCUAUGUGUACACAUGUUUCCCAGCGCCAUCACUUCAGAGGCGUGGAUUGAUGACAUCUCAACAGCAGUGAGCCCGCCAACCCCUGCGUUUGAAUUUCAAAACACAGAAUCGGACUUGCUAGAGAGAUGACUGAGGCUAGGGUGAGGGCGGAGAAGGCACGGGAUGAGCUGGAGCAUCUUGUCUUAGAAAAAUAAGGACGUGCUCAGAGGAUAACAGGGACACGGUCGGACUAAGGAAAAAUGAGAGAGCACUCAGAUUGCUAAGUUUGCUACUGACCUGACAGAAAUGCAAAGGAAGAAUCAGGAGCGAGAGUUUGUGAACAAACUCAAAGCUUUCCUCCCGUGCGGUUACGGCUGUUUUUGGUUGCAGAAGUUUUCAAUCGAAGACCUGCCGAAUACCCUGUGACUGAGCAAGAGGUGUUUACUGUGGUACAUACCUAGGUUUUCUGCCAGAGUCAAGGUUUGAGUUGAGGACAACGGUCACAGUGCUUUCUCUGUGUCCAUGGAGAUCAUCCUGUGAUUUCUUUAAAAAAUUUACUUAUUUGGAAGGCAAAGUUAAAGAGGCAGAGAGAGAGAGAGAGUGUGUGAUUUUUGUCUGAAGAGCUGAGAACAGCUGAGUGAGAUCCACUGUUGUGGGUUGAAGUGUGACACCCCCCCCCCCAAUAUGUUCAGGUCCUAACUCCUGGUACUUGUGAAUGUAACUUUGUUUGGAAAUGAUACCUUUCCAUAUAUAAUCAAGAUGAAAUAAAACUGGAGCAGGGUGGUCCCUAAAUCAACAUGAGUUGUGUCCUUAUGAAAAAAGAAGAGGGGGCUGGUAAUGUGACAUACUGGGUUAAGCCAUGCUUGCAAUGCUGACAUCCCAUAUUGGAACACUGGUUUGAGUCCUAGCUGCUCCACUUUGAAUCCAGCUCCCUGAUAAUGCACCCGGGCCAGGCUGAAGUGAGGAGCUUCAUGCAGGUCCCCCACAUGAGUGGCAGGGUCUCCAGCAUUUGGAGAAGCAGGGACAUGAACUGGUGCCCAUAGAGGAUGCUGGCAUUGCAGGCAGUGGCUGUGCCACACUGCCCCCCUCUUCCGUGAUGAAAAACUCAGCAAACUAGAUAUGUAAGAGAACUUCCUAACCAUGAUAAUGGACGUUUGUCGUACAAUUGUUGGGAAUGAUGCCCAUUUUUAUCACUUGUAUUUAGCAUAAACUGGCUUUUUAGCCAGAGCACCUAGAAAAAAAAAACAAAACAGCAAAAAAAAAAAAACAAACCCUAAAUUGGAGAUAAAAAGUAAAAUGAUCUGUAUUUGCAGAUGACAUGAUCCUGUAUUUGGAAAGCCCCAAGGUUACAAGGUCAACAUGUAAAAAUCACUUGUUUUUCUAUGUACCAGCAAUAAACAAUCUGCUUACUAAUAAA